GGUGAAAGAGGCUUGCAAGGUCUACACGGUUUGGUGGGGUUUCCUGGAGUACAAGGGCCUGAAGGGCCACCAGGGGCCCCAGGACUGAAGGGUGACACCGGAGAACCAGGACUGCCAGGAACAAAAGGAACCAGGGGAGACCCAGGAGAAAUUAUCGGGCAACUACCUGGCGGUGUAAUAAAAGGUGAAAAAGGAUUUCUUGGCCAACCUGGAUUACCGGGAGUAGCUGGACCCCCAGGAAUUCCAGGCCCCCUUGGACCACCUGGACCCCAAGGAAGACCAGGUCCUCCAGGGCCACCUGGUUUACAGGGGGAGAAGGGCCAUAUGGGCUUAAGUUUCCAAGGACCAAAAGGCGAAAAGGGUGAACGGGGAGUCAUGGGCCCCCCAGGUCCUCAAGGAGGUACCCCGCAACAGCAAGAAAAAGGGACCAUAGCCAUACAAGGCGACAAAGGCGAUCCAGGCGAAAAGGGAGAUCCUGGCUUCCCAGGACUGAGUGGCACGCCGGGAUUUCCAGGACUGCCUGGUGUAGAUGGCCCUAAGGGAGAUAAGGGUAUAGUUGGUCCUCCAGGCCCUCCAGGAGUUGUUAUUGGUAGAGACGAAGUGGAACUCUUUGGGGAGAAGGGAGAUCCGGGCCCUCCAGGAAUUCCAGGACAAAAAGGGGAAUCCGGCUACAAAGGACCACCCAGCCCAGGGGUAACAGGGGCUCCCGGGUUUCCUGGCGAGAGAGGAGAAAAGGGGGACCGGGGCUCCCCUGGACUGUCUCUGUUUGGAUCGAAAGGAAGAGAUGGAUUCCAAGGCCCUCCUGGUCCACCAGGGCCUCCAGGCCCCCCUGGCAUCAUAGAUGAAAUUCUUGGAUGUCAGCCUGGCCCUCCUGGCGACACUGGUCCUCCGGGCACUCCUGGCCAACACGGUUUCUCAGGAGAAAGGGGAGAGAAAGGUGAAAGAGGCGAAAGCUGUGUCUCCUGUGAUGUGCCAAUACUUCCUGGACCACCUGGUCCCCAAGGUUUCCCAGGGGAACCCGGCGUUCCAGGCCCCCCGGGUGCCAAAGGGGACAGGGGCAAUCCUGGGCACGAAAAACCUGGAGUGACGGGUCCUCCUGGUACACCUGGAUUAACUGGAAGCCCUGGAGCUAAAGGAGAACCCGGAGAUGUUUUCUUUGACUCUGAUUUAAAGGGUGACAAAGGAAGCCCUGGUUUUCCUGGGUCUCCAGGCACUCCUGGCCAAGAUGGACGGCCCGGGCGGGAUGGUGUGCCGGGUAUUCCAGGUCCUAAAGGUGCUUCGGGAACAAUUGGCUUAAAAGGCGACCGUGGCCCUCCAGGAACAAGUGGAUUUCCAGGACCCCGUGGAGACAGGGGCUUUCCUGGUAGCCCCGGAACAGGGCAACCUGGGCAACCUGGUAGUAAAGGGGAAAAGGGUAUUUCAGGGUUCCCCGGCUCUUCAGGGCUUCCAGGGCCCAAAGGUGAAAAUGGGCAGGCCGUUUUCUUGCACGGUGCUCCGGGGACAGCCGGUGUUCCUGGGCCUCCUGGUCUGCCAGGCGUCCAAGGUGACAAAGGAGAUGCAGGGAUCCCCGGAAGACCUGGCCUGCCAGGUGAAAAAGGAGUAAGAGGCCCACAAGGAAUAGGCUUUCCCGGUGCUCCAGGACCUCCAGGUUUCCCAGGGCAGCCCGGCUCACCUGGUCCAGCUGGGGAGAAAGGCGAUAUUGGUCCAAGCGGGUUACCUGGCGCAGCAGGGUCGCAAGGCCCCAAAGGUGACGCCGGAGUAGGCCUCCCGGGUCAGAAAGGGUUUCCUGGCCCAAAAGGACGAGAUGGCUUUCCUGGACCAAAAGGGGAUCAAGGGCUGCCUGGUUUGAUAGGAGAAAAAGGAUUCCCAGGUGUGCCUGGACAACCAGGUCCCCAAGGUGACCCCGGGCCUUCUGGAUUACCAGGUCUACAGGGAUCUCCCGGUGUGCCAGGAAUAGGUCCCCCAGGCCCCCCUGGUCCAGCAGGACAAACUGGGCUUCCAGGACCAAUUGGAUCUCCAGGAACGAAAGGAGAGAAGGGUUACACCGGUGUCCCCGGGCGAGACAUGCCAGGGCUAAAAGGGGAUAAAGGUAGCCAGGGACAAUCUGGGCUGCCAGGCUUGCAAGGACUGCCGGGCUUACCUGGCCCACAAGGAAAAGAAGGGCAGCCGGGUUUUCCAGGACUCAAAGGAGAAAUGGGAGUGAUGGGAACCCCUGGGAUCCAGGGUCCUCCUGGCCCUCUAGGAUCUCCUGGACUUCCUGGUGAAAAAGGUGACGCUGGUUUUCCCGGAGUGCCAGGACUCAGAGGUGGCCCUGGUUUCAAGGGUGAAAAAGGUGAGGCCGGUCUGCCAGGAGAGCCAGGAAAAAUGGACCACGUGGACAUGGAGAGCAUGAAAGGGCAGAAAGGAGAUCAAGGAGACAGAGGUCAGCCAGGAGUCAUCGGAGAGAAGGGGCUUCAAGGAGAUCCUGGCACAACAGGCGUGCCAGGGAAGGACGGGGAUCCCGGUUUACCUGGCCAACCAGGGCACUCAGGAGAAAAGGGUGUGCAAGGUCUUCCAGGUGAUCCGGGCACACCAGGGUUUCCGGGACAGAAAGGUGUGAAAGGGGAGAAAGGAGAUGCUGGAUUUCCUGGAAUUGGCAUCCCUGGGACCCCUGGUGAAAAGGGAGAACAAGGAAGGCCAGGUGUUCCAGGCCUACCUGGGGAGAGAGGUGAAAAGGGUAUCCUAGGACUUCCAGGUACUCCUGGUUUCCCAGGUUCCAAAGGGCAGCAAGGUCUUCCAGGUGUUCCCGGUAUUCCAGGAACACCAGGAGAAAAGGGUGAAAAGGGGUUGCCAGGCUUGGCUGGAUCUCCGGGCUUAAAAGGUCAAACAGGUGACAUUGGGCGCCAGGGUUUUCCUGGGACCCCUGGAGAAAAAGGACAGGCUGGCUAUGAUGGCAUCCCAGGCUCCCCUGGUGUAAAGGGUGACGCAGGUCUUCCAGGCAGAGGACUUCCUGGUCUCCCAGGUGAAAAAGGAGAGAAAGGUACAAAAGGAGACUUGGGCUUCCCGGGAGCCCCAGGAAGUCCGGGGAUUCCUGGUGGAAAAGGGGAACCAGGAUUUGGGGGUCCGCAGGGUCCCCAAGGCCAGCCGGGCAUUCCCGGAUUACCGGGCAGAGUCACGGAAGGACCUAAGGGAGACCGGGGGCCUCAAGGUCGACCGGGGAUUCAAGGGCAACCUGGACCACCUGGAUCUCCGGGAGUUCCUGGACUGUCAGGGGAAAAAGGAGAAAAGGGAACCCCAGGUUGGCCGGGGACAACAGGAAGGGCAGGAGCCAAAGGUGACCCAGGAGCUCAAGGACUCACCGGAAAUGCUGGCUUUCCUGGAUCUGAUGGUGCAAAAGGUGACAUGGGACCCCCCGGAAUUCCAGGCCCUCCAGGUCCAAAAGGUUCUUCGGGCUUCUCCGGACUCAAAGGUGAACAAGGAGAUCAAGGGACUCCUGGUGCUAAAGGUUUCCCGGGCCCACCAGGUCCUCCGGGUCCCGCUCAGCUUCUGAAAGGAGAACCGGGUUUACCAGGUCCUCAAGGUCCAGUUGGGCCCAAAGGAUUUAGUGGUCCUCCAGGCCCAAAAGGGCAACAAGGUGUAACAGGAUCCGUGGGGGUGCCUGGUCCCCCCGGGAUCCCAGGAUUUGAUGGCAGCCCCGGUCAGAAAGGAGAAUCUGGUCCUGCUGGCCCCACAGGCCCCAGAGGUUUUCCUGGUCCACCUGGCCCAGAAGGCGUGCCGGGGCCGAUGGGUGCACCAGGCGCUCCUUCCGUAGCUCACGGCUUCCUUGUGACUCGGCACAGCCAAACCACAGAAGAGCCCCAGUGUCCGCCUGGAACAAGAGUCAUGUACUUUGGGUAUUCCUUGCUUUAUGUGCAAGGGAAUGAACGUGCACAUGGCCAGGACCUGGGCACGGCCGGCAGCUGUCUCCGCAAAUUCAGCACCAUGCCUUUCCUGUUCUGUAACAUUAACAACGUGUGCAAUUUUGCCUCCCGGAACGAUUAUUCCUACUGGCUCUCCACCCCAGAGCCAAUGCCGAUGAGCAUGGCUCCCGUGACGGGGGAGAGUAUCCAGCCUUUCAUCAGCAGAUGUUCUGUGUGCGAAGCUCCAGCAAUGGUGAUGGCAGUUCACAGCCAGACGGUCCAAAUCCCGCCCUGUCCAGACGGCUGGAGAUCUCUCUGGAUCGGCUACUCCUUUGUGAUGCACACGAGCGCUGGGGCAGAGGGCUCGGGGCAAGCCCUGGCAUCUCCUGGCUCCUGUUUGGAAGAGUUCCGCAGCGCGCCCUUCAUUGAAUGCCACGGGAAGGGAACCUGCAACUAUUAUGCAAACGCUUACAGCUUUUGGCUCGCCACAAUUGAGAGGAACGAAAUGUUCAAGAAACCAAAUCCCUCCACUCUGAAAGCUGGGGAGCUCCGUUCAAACAUUAGCCGCUGCCAAGUUUGUAUGAGGAGAACAUAAGGACUUCCCAGCCGUAGCUAAUGUCACAAUAUGGUGCUAUUCCUUUUAACAGCAGUGAAGCUGAGGCAUAUAUCCUACGGACUUCACUCUUGUUGCCCAAUAUAAAAACCAUCAAGUGCCUUACAGGAACCCGUCUAAUCAAACCUCUGCUUCCUCGGCCCUUUUCUCGCUGAAGAGGAAGAAGAUGCAACGAAGAUAAGCUUCAGAUGGCACUUUCGAAGAAAUGCUGGGAUGGAUCCAACCUGUCUUCCAAGCGGCCUUCCUCCAGUCAGGGGAGCCUUUCCUCCAGCUUCAAGCGGCUCCUCCGCAAAUGGGACGAACCGCUUAACUUGGAGGAAGUCUCUUUAGGUUGGAGGAAAGCCUCUGACUUGAGCCAAAAGGAAAGGUGGGGUAUAAAUAUCUUAAUCAAUUAAUAAAGUUUGCUCAUUGAAGCGAUUGGAUAGGGGUAGGAUCCACCCUACUGUCUUAUAUAUAGAAAGUGAUGCACUGAUCCUUACCCCAAAUCCAGAACCCCCCCUUCCUCCC